GCCCCUUGGCCCACCGCCUGAACUCGUCUCGCCCGCGGCCGAUCUCCUGCAUCCGCCCGCCGCGCCGAACCCAGAGGCCGGAGGAGACUGCGCUCAGUCGAGCACCACGGCCCAGCAUCCUCGCGACCAUCUCCGGCACGGCGUCCGCCCUCUGCAGCCCCUGUGUCCCUGCGACCGUCGCUGCUGUCCUACUUCGCCACUGGCCACUUUGCCCGGCGACGAGCACCACCAACACUAGUCGGAGAUGAACGCAUCCAGGAAAUCCAACCAUGUUUCCAGCAAGGACAGUGCAGAAACCGCGAGGGAUAUCAUCACCACGUCCGGCCAAAUCCAACCCCUCAAAAUCCCAGACGCUGUUGCUGCGCUUGCGCAGGCUGCUGCAAAGGCAAAUGGUGAGACUGAGAAAUAUCUUCCAGGGUGGCCGUUGUUCUCGCCUCCUAAGGUGCAGCUGGACAAGUGUACUAAGUGUUCGAGAGAAUUCUGUUCCGCAAUCAACUUCCGGAGGCAUACACGUGUUCAUCGUAGAACCCUCAAGAUAGAUAGGGAUUUUCCCAAGAAUAGAGACCUUCUCGCUGCAUUCUGGAAUAAACUGACUGUGGAUGAUGCCAGCACAAUUUUGUCCUUGACAGGUGUUGUUGUAGAGGGUGUAACUGGCUCAUCAAUUUUAAUAGCACUAUCAUCAUGGAUGUGUAAACCAGGGUAUGCUUCAUUGCCAAUGGCAUAUGCCAGAGCUGGCAGUGAGCUUCUGGAUCUGAUUCAAACAAAGGCUGCAAUGCAUCUGCCUGUGUCAUCGGAUGAAUUAUUUAGCUUGCUCGAUGAAGCAAGCGAGAAAACAUUUCUUUGCACAAAUACAGCUGCUUGUAUACAGAAGUUUUUAUUUGACGGAGAGGUAGACAAAAUUGCAACUGAGUUGAAAAAUGUUGUUUCGUGCAUUAGUUACAUGCUUGAACAAAAGCUGGUUGAAGCAUGGUGUGCUGAUAAGACUGCUGAAGCAUUAAGAUGCCAGAAGUUGCUGGAGGAGGAAGAGGAAGCUGCUCAGAAAAGGCAAGCCGAACUGAUGGAAAGGAAGCGGAUGAAGAAACUUAGGCAGAAAGAACAGAGGUUAAAAAACCUCAAGGAUGAGGAUGUGACAGUUCAGUCACCUGAAAUUAUGGAUGAUGCAACAUGUUCUACUGCCAUUCAAAGUGUCAAGUCCAUUUCUGAUCCUGACCGUUUUGAGCAAGAAGAAUCACAGUAUCUUCAAUUUCCAGCACCAAUUACUUCAGAAAUUGACAAUGGUUUUAAUGUGGACCUAUCAGUAGAAGAUAUCAGUUGUGAUUUGGGGCUUGAAAUGGAUAAAGGUGUUGUAUUAAGGCAACACGUUUCAAGGCGUCGUUUAGGCAGAACAGAGAGGCUCGCUGAAAAUAGCAUUGUACCUGGUCCUGUAGUUACUUCAAAGCAUCCAGCUUUUGUGAGGCCUUCAAAUUACAAGGAUCCAAAUGUCUGUUCUACGCCAAGUAGAAACAAAUCUUGCGCAUUGAAAUUGCAAUCUGAGAUUGAAGAACAGUGCCAAAAACAUGAGUUAGAUGUAGAUGAACAUGGCAUGGGUCCUAGCAAAAACUCUCGUGUGCUAAUAGGAUCUAUAAGUGUUGCAAUUGAAGAUGGUAGUGAACACUUGCAGGACAUUCGUUCCAAGAAUGAUCCAGUCCCUCCUAGUUCAAAGACAGUGAAACAUGCAUCAGUCAAGGUGAUGCAACCUGUUACCCAUGAGGGUAACAGAAAUGAAGGCAUUCCUCAUAGUGAUAGUAAUAGUACGCCAGCAGCUGAGAACUGUUCUCAAUCCAGUGUUACUACAGAUGAAAUCAGUUAUUCAACCUACUGCAGUGCAGAUUUGGCAGUGGAUGAACAUUUACAACGCACCAUGUUUUCCAGUAAAGAAGCGACAGCCUUUCUUUCUCAAAGGUGGAAAGAAGCAAUAGCUGCAGAUCAUGUGAAACUUGUUUUGUGUCCUGAAAAAUUUGCUGCUAGUAGGCAGCCCAGUUGCCAUUUUCAGAGAGAAGAGAGAGAGAGAGAGAGAGAGAGAGAGCCGAGAGCGAAGAUGAUGACCUCGUGGCUUCUGGGCCGCCGGGGCGCCUCCGGCUUCUCCUGGAGCUCCACCGCCGAUCAAGUCACGCAGGGCAUCUCCGCCGCCGGCCUCACCGCCAUCGUCACCGGGGCGUCCAGCGGCAUCGGCGCCGAGACGGCGCGGACACUGGCGCUGCGCGGGGCCCACGUCGUCAUGGCCGUCAGGAGCCUCCCCGCCGCCCAGGCCGUCAGGGACGCCGUCCUCGCCCAGGCGCCGGAGGCCAAGCUCGACGUCAUGGAGCUCGACCUCUCGUCCAUGGCCUCCGUCCGCGCCUUCGCGUCCCAAUUCAUCGACAGGGGUCUCCCCCUCAACAUCCUCAUCAACAAUGCAGGAGUAAUGGCAAUACCUUUUGAGCUUUCAAAGGAUGGAAUUGAGAUGCAGUUUGCAACUAAUCAUGUUGGGCAUUUCCUGCUGACACACCUUCUAUUGGAUACCAUGAAGAAGACCUCUCGUGAAUCAAAUGUGGAAGGAAGAAUUGUCAACGUUUCGUCAGAGGGGCACAGAUUUGCAUAUCAGGAAGGCAUCCGUUUUGACAAGAUCAACGAUGAAUCAGUGUAUAGUAUCUUUGGAGCAUAUGGGCAGUCAAAGCUUGCAAACAUCUUGCAUGCUAAUGAACUUGCCAGGCGAUUCCAGGAAGAGAAUGUCAACAUAACUGCAAAUUCUCUUCAUCCUGGCUCCAUUAUCACGAACCUUCUUCGUCACCACAGUAUCAUAGAUGUUCUCCAUCGGACGCUUGGUAAAUUGGUGCUGAAAAAUGCUGAGCAGGGUGCGGCAACUACAUGCUAUGUGGCACUCCACCCGCAGGUGAAGGGUGUGUCCGGGAAGUACUUCUGCGACAGUAACCUGUACGAGCCAAGCGCGAAGGCCAAGGACAUGGAGCUGGCCAAGAGGCUCUGGGAUUUCAGCGUCGAGCUCGUCACCUAGCUGAUGCCUCGGUUGUUAUCGGUUUCCUUGUUGUCAGACAUGGAUGCGAUCAGCAACCUGAACUCUCUGUAUAUCACGUGUAUCGCGCACUCAACAUUUGGCGGCUCGCCUUUACAAUACAAGGGUUGCAGGUGAUCGCAUUGCUGCAUGCCUGCAUGAGGAUGGUGUGUGUUUCUGUGAAAAGAAAUGUGCCUCCUGCUGCUGCUGCUGCUGGUGGAUGAUAUAAUGGAAGAUAUGCUUUAGCUCCUUGUUUA